AUGAGAUACAGUGCUCCAGUGCCUAAUGGCUUGGGAUCAGCUAUAAUGGAGUCUGGUGAAGAUGUCACUGAUGGUGAUAGAGCUAUGCUGGACAAGCUGGAAAAACCCCUUGAGGUGAAGACUGUAGGUCUUUCUGACAAGAGACUUGCCAUCCUGCAAGGAUGCCCUGGCUUGCCAGGAGAGGAGGGAGCACCCGGUCCCCUUGGCUUAAAAGGGCCAAAGAACUGCAGUGAGCUAUUAAGCAAGGGAGAAUUUCUGAGCAGCUGGUAUACCAUCUACCUGUCCAACUGCCAGCCACUGAGGUGUUUCAAAGAUGAAGAGAAGAGUCUAGAUUUUUAUCACACCUGGAAUGAAUAAAAGAAAGGCUUUUGGAGUCAACAGUCAGGCUUUUGGCUUGGCAGUGAGAACAUUUGCCUCAUCACACAGGAAGGAGUGCAUGAAUUUCAUGUGAACUUGGUGGAUUUUGAUGAUCAAAAAUCCUUUGCUCAUUAGGAGUCUUUCCAGCUCAGAGAUGAGAACUACCAGCUUGUCCCAGGGUCAUUUCUGUCAGGUUCUGCAGGUGACUCUCUGUCUCUUUAUAACAGACACCCUUUUUCCAUCUACAAGAAUAAUGACAGUAGGACUGAAAACUGCGCUGUUACUGUCCCUGGCGCUUGGUGGUAUAUAAAUUGCUAUAGUUCCAGCCUGAAUGGUGGCUACCCACCUGGAGAUUGAAAGGGGCAGAGGUAUGGCUUUGGCUGGGCAUCUGGGAAAGGCCCUGCCUCCUAUAAGUGCACAGAAAUGAAGAUACAUUAA